UAAAAUGAUUAAUGACAACUAAUGACAACGACAAGGGAACUGCUGAAAAAGAAAUCGCUGUCUAUAUUAUCUGAAAUCAUCCUAAAUCCAGAACAGAGACGGAAGUGUUCGUAUAUAGAAAAGCUGCGAUUUUUGAGGUAGAAGACGAAGAAAGCUCUGUGACUCUUGAAAUGGAGAAGAAAACACUUAGAUGUGUUCGGUGGGGUUACGAAGUUAAUACCUAUUCUGAUGAUUGCAUCCACGCAAUUAACUCCUAUUUUCAACAGGUUCUUAGCUAUGGGAGGAAUAGGAAAGUGAUUCUAGAAGCGCCAAUCUACGAUAAAGAUUGUGUUUUGGGCAAUAUUUUAGCUGCUCAUUACCUUUCCUCAUCUGAUCCUACCAGAGCUAAUUCCUACGUUGAAGCUGCCACAUCCAAUCUCGAACAAUCUACACCUUAUGAGAAAGCAGUUUUUGAGGCUGUUACUUAUCUGAUCUCUGCGGACAGGGAUGAUGACUUGGCUUUUGAAAUGCACAUCGAGCUACUUAAAAGAUUCCCAAAGGAUUUGGCCUCUCUGAAGAGAGCACAGCUUUUAUGUUUCUACAUGGGUCAACCUGAACCCUUUUUGGGUCUUGUUCAGAAGGUUUUACCUGCGAAUCAAGAAGAAAGUUACAUACACGGUACGCUUGCGUUCCCAUUGUUAGAACUUGGUCGAAUGGAAGAAGCUGCUGCAGCUUCCAGAAAAGGCUAUGAGAUAAACAAAGAAGACGCCUGGGCACAUCACUGUUUAUGUCAUGUUCUUCAACAUGAAUGUCGUUUUAAAGAAGCAGUGGAGUUCAUGGAAGAACGCUCAGAGUCUUGGCCUCCUUGCUCAUCUUUCUUGUAUACACACAAUUGGUGGCAUGUUGCUCUUUGUUACUUGGAAGGAGGGGCACCAUUGAGUAAAGUAGAGGAGAUUUAUGAUGAUCACAUCUGGAAAGAAUUGGAGAAAGACGAUGCCGUUCCUCCUGAAGUUUAUCUCAAUGCAUUGGGCUUGUUGCUGCGUUUAGAUGUAAGAGAUGCUCUUGAUGGUUUUGAAGACCGUCUCAAAGUUGUUGCAGUUCGUUUAACUGAUCAGGCAAACUGGUAUUUGGAGUGGCACCUUGAUAUAUUGAUAGUUUGGGCAUUAGCAAAGGUUGGAGAGACUUCAAGAGCUCAUGAAUUACUUGAGGGUCUGAAGUUCCGAUUAUCAAAGAUGAAUAAGAAGAAACAACAAGUGAUGCAGAAAGGGAUUCAGCUCGGGGAAGCUGUGUAUGAGUUCGCAAGGGGUAACUACAAAGAGGCUUUAGAACUACUCGGGUCAGAGUUUAACGUCCUUGGUUACAAGAUCGUCGGGGCAUCAGAUGAACAGAUAGAUGUUUUCAGUGAAAUGUGGUGCCAGCUGCUGCUAAAGACAGGCCAAUCCUCGACUGCGGAAGAAGUGAUCAGAAAGAAGAUAAAGGUCAGAGAUGGUGUUCCCUUCAUCUGGCGUUUGCUGGAGAAGAGUUACACCAUGGAAGGCAAUGCAGAGGCUAGGCGUGCAGGAGACAGAGCUAAGAAACUGGAAUCCUCUUAUUUCUAAACUCUUCUUUAAAAACCAAAAUAAUGACUUAAUACAAUAUUGUACAUGUUUUUUAAUAAAUAUAAAAAGAGUAAAAUCUUUUUUUUUUUUUUAACUCGUCUGUAUAUCUUUCUACAUAUUUUCUAAAUUCCCAUAACUGUCAAAUUUUCCAUAUUUCUCCUUUACAUGUAUUAGUAACGCCUUUUUCACUAACCUAGCUUUUGCGUUUGUAGUACUCUAUAACAUUCGUCUCUGCUUCACAAAUCAGAGAAGAUACUUUGAUAAAAAAAUCUUGAUGUCCGAAGAACCGGAGAAGAAGAAGAUGGAUAUGGAGAUGGAAAGGAAACUGAGGAACCAAGAGAAGGCUAAAGAAAAAGAGAUGAAAAAAGCAGAAAGCUUUGGAGAAAGCAAAACUUAGCGAAGUUGUCAAGUCAGCAAAA